AUGUUACCAGGGUCAUCCUUCCAGAGCUCCUCUCAGUCCUCAGCCAGCUCUGCUGCCAGUGCAAGGCUCAACAUAAGAGAUGAAGCAGGAGGCUGGUCUCCCGAGAUUUCAGACCGACAGCCUUGGCUCCAGGUGGAUCUCGGGGAGCGGAUGGAAGUGACGGCUGUGGCCACACAAGGGCGUUUCAACAGCCAGGACUGGGUCAGCAGUUACCUGCUAUUCUACAGUGACACAGGCCGGGCCUGGAAACAGCACAGACAGGAGGAUGGAGGAGGGAGGUUUGUGGGUAAUGUGAAUUCAGAGGCUGUCGUCCACAACAAGCUGUCCCACUCAGUGAGAACCCGUUUCCUGCGUUUCGUCCCUUUGGACUGGAGCCGCAGUGGCUGGCUGGGCCUCAGGGUGGAAGUGUAUGGCUGCUCCUUCAAAUCAGAUGUGGUGAGCUUUGAUGGCGGAAGCUCUUUGCUGUACCGAUUCAACCAAAAGUCCAUGUCAACAGUGAAGGACGUGAUCUCACUGCGCUUCAAGAGUCGUCAAGCUGAGGGGGUUUUACUGCAUGGGGAGGGACAGAGGGGAGAUUACAUAACCCUGGAGCUCCACGAAGGAAAACUGGAUCUCCAUCUCAACCUAGAUGAUAGCAGGCUGAGGUUGAGCAGCAGUCCUGUUGCUGUCACUGUGGGCAGUCUGCUGGAUGACCAGCACUGGCACUCGGUCCUCAUCGAACGCUUCAACAGGCAGGUUAACCUCACAGUGGACUCCCAUACACAACACUUUCAAACCAAAGGAGAAGGACUCUCACUGGAUGUGGACUAUGAGCUGAGCUUUGGAGGUAUCCCCCUGCCUGGUAAACCUGGUACUUUCCUCAGGAAGAACUUCCAGGGCUGCAUGGAAAACCUCUACUACAAUGGCAUCAACAUCAUAGACCUGGCAAAGAGACGCAAGCCACAGAUACACAGUGUGGGCAAUGUGACCUUCUCAUGCUCACAGCCCCAGCUGGGGGCCUGCACCUUCCUGAGCUCAAGCAGUAGCUUCCUGUUGCUGCCAGGUGCAGCAAACACCACAGGGGGUUUCUCUGUUCAGUUCCAGUUCAGGACAUGGAACCAGGAUGGGCUGCUGUUCUCU